AUGGCAUCAGGCCGCCUGCCUUGCAUUCUACUCGUCCCAUCGUUGCUACCCGGGCAAUUGGGUAGGCAAUGCGUCUUGCUUGUGCCCCGGCUACCGUCGCUGCGGGGUGGCUGGGCUAUGACUGGAACAAACGGUGAUGACAGCCAAAUCGGCCUAGCAACACCGACAAAAGGCGUAAGUGGCAACAGACGUCUGUUGAGUACGAAAUCACAGGGACGAUGCGACAAGCAACCGAGUCACUGGGAUUCAGAUUAUCUUAACUUUGUGAAUUGUUGCAAAUUCAGACUUGCAUCCAGCAAUUGUAUUUCUCUUUUGGCUGCAAACACUGAUUUCUUAGGCUGA